GUCAUUAAUCUAAUAGCGGGACCAUAGGGCGUGACAAAAAACGUCAUCAACAUGCGACCACUACAACAGGUACUGGCCCGGGAAAGUGGACACGGCGCUACAGAGAAGAAAUAGAAAAAGAAGAAGAAGAAAAAGAAGAAAAAGAAGAGGAAGAAGAGGAAGAAGAGGAAGAAAGUGGACACGAAAGAAAUGCACAAAGUGAAGGAGUACGAGGACUUGAAGCGAGAGCUUGAAAAUGGUGAGCUCACUCAAAAAGGCUUUGAUGCCAAAGUAAAAAAGCUCCUGGUGGCAGAAGAAACAGAUGAUGUCAAGCCAGGACCUUCCAACACAUUUUUAAGUGCAGCAGAGGCCUUUGGCAAAGCCAAAAAGCUACUGCAGCCUCAAGUUAAAAAAAAGCAGUUUCCUCUUUGUGAGAAACUUGUGGACCAUGGGAAAUCUUUAGUGAAGAUAAGAAUGGCUCCCAUGGAGUGGAAGCCUAGAACUAAGAAAAGAUCUGGACACUACCAAAAAUUAAUAAUGGAGGAAACUCCUCCCCGUCUCAUUCUAAAAGGCCAUGAAACAUAUGAUGACCUGGUCAACACUGGCAAAAAUAGUUUCUGGCCAGAUGAAAUUGAAGGGAGUGAGUUCACCCUCUGCCAUGUUGAUGGGACCAGGUGGACCAAAGAGGACUUCUACAAAGAAUUUAAAACUGUGUCAGAUAUUCCAAAUCCAUGGAAAAGGACCUUGUAUAUUGGCCGGAGAGAAAUAGAAGUCGUUUGUUUAGGAGACGGAAGUUGCACCUUAGAUGAAAUCCCUGAAACUGGAGUGAAUGAUUGUGAAAGUGGUGAUUUAGAUGAAAUCCCUGAAACUGGUGUGGCUGAGGAUGUGGCAGAUAAGGAUUUCCAUCCUGAACCGUCAAGCUCUGAGGAGUUUCGAUCAGUGAGGGCAAGAAAAAAAAGCCAGUCACAGGUGGUAGGGUCAUCUGCAGGUGGAGCUGUAGGCAGAGCAGCCCCAGGUGAAAAGACAGCGGUGGAGGGAGAUGCAGUUAGUGGACAUGGGAUGAAUCACCCUGAAUCAUCCCUGACCCUGACUCCUAAUUUACCAUCAUUGUAUCUGCCACGUGUUCCAUAUGUGGACAGUGCAAUGAUAAAAUAUAAUGAGGAUAAUCCACUGGGGGAAGGAACCUUCGGUAAGGUUUUUGGAGGCUGCUUUCAGGGUACUCCAGCAGCAGUAAAGAAGAUCGCACUCGGCUCUGGAGGAACAGACAGAGACAUACAACACGAGAUAAACGUGUCCCUGAGGCUAUCUCAUCCCAACAUUGUCAGGCUUAUGGCAGCAGCCCGCACGGAGUCCUGCUAUUUGUUGGCGACAGAGUAUGUUCAUGGAGCAAGCCUUGAAGCAGUGCUUCAAAAGGAAAGCUGCUUUGUGAAGCUUGAGGGGGAUGAUGCCAGCUUCAUUGCAUUGGACCUGUCAAUGGCCGUGGAGUACAUCCAUUCUCAAAGUAUCAUUCACCAAGACAUAAAGCCAGCAAAUGUCAUGGUCCACCACCCAUCCAAGAAGGCUGUCCUUACAGACUGGGGCCUGGCUAAUAUUCGAGACACAGUGAUGCUGCGUAAAGGCAGCCGAUUUACAACAGAGGCUGUUGGGCCAACUGGUGGGACAUAUCUUUACAUGGCCCCUGAAUGUCUUCUGAACUUUGAAGAGGCCUCCUGGCAGACCGACAUGUGGUCCCUGGGAGUCACAUUUCUCGAGCUGCUCACAGGGUCUGUUCCGUGGGUGGUAAAUAAGCAGCGAGAACUUGCUGCACUAUUAGUCAUUAAAACCCCACCCCAUGCCCUCGCUCAUCUGAGUGAGAGGUACAGCUACCUGUCUGGCUUGGUGGACUAUGAAGCCUCCUCAAGGCCAACAGCAUCUGAUGUGGUCCAGUUAAUAAAGUCAGGGCUCGACCUUUCCGGCCGAUAUGGCUAUAGUUGGUAGUUUUGAUUCAUUGUAACCCACAUUCUUGUGUAUAGUUUUGUGUUCUAUUUUUCCAUCUUCAAUUGAAUGUAAACAUAAAGAUGUUGGCAGUCUACAGUUAAUUUCCCAAAAAUGUGAUUUUGAAUGUAUGCAUUUUUUUGUGUUCUACUUUAAAUUAAGGUAAAAUUUAAUUUUUCAUUAACAAUGCAUUUCUAACUUACUGCAAAAAAUUAAGAUGUUGGCAGUCUACAGUUAAUUUCCCAAAAAUGUGAUUUUGAAUGUAUGCAUUUUUUUGUGUUCUACUUUAAAUCAAGGUAAAAUUUAAUUUUUCAUUAACAAUGCAUUUCUAACUUACUGCAAAAAAUAAAGAUGUUGGCAGUCUACAGUU